UGAGCACCGAUCUCGCCCCCCUGCCUGCGUCUCUCGCGAAUCGACCGAAACGCUAAAACCCUAAAAGCCGUCGCGCUCCAUGGCCCCGAAGCGUCCUCUUCCGGCGGAGGAUCCGCCGCCGGCGUCCUCCGACGACGACGAGCCGGCCGGCAGCUCCGAAGAGGAAGAGCCCAAGGAGGAGGAGGAGGACGAGGAGGAGGAAGAAUCCGGAGAGUCGGAGGCCGAUUCCGAGUCCUCCGGCGACGAGGACGGCAAGGGGGAGCGGAAGAAGCCGCCGCAGCCCAAGCCGACUCCCCCGCCGCCGCCGCCGCAGCAGCAGCAACCGCCGCUGACGCAGCCGCAGCAGAAGUCUCAGGGUGGGUCUUCGGCGGCGGCGGCCGGGUCCGAGUCGGAAUCCGAGUCCGGGUCCGAGUCGGGGACCGAGUCCGAGUCCGAGUCCGACUCGCGCCGCUACACCGUCAAGCCCAUAGCCUCGAAGCCCAUGGAGAAGGUCGAGACCCCGCCCGCGAAGAAGCAGAGGGCGGAGCCGCCGUCCUCCUCAUCGAAGCCGCAGCAGCCCUCGGCGGCGGCGGCGGCGGCGGCGGCGAAGCGGAAGGCCGAACCGGAGGGCGGCUCGAAGGCAAAGCGGAAGGUCGAGCUGGAGGACACCAAGGAGAAGGAGCCGAAGAGAGGGAGGAAGAAGGACGCGGCCGAGAACGGGUCGGUGCAGAAAUCCGGGGAGGAGUCGAAGAAGCUGUUCCAGAGGAUAUGGGGCGACGACGACGAGCUAGCCCUGUUGCAGGGCAUGAUCGAUUUCCGGGAGAAGAAAGGUAUGGACCCUUUUGCCAACACUAACGCGUUCCAUCAUUUUGUCAAGAAAUCGCUCGGGCAAGAGUUCACCCAUAGUCAAUUGGCGAACAAGAUCCGGGUUUUGAAGAAGAAGUAUAGUAACAAUGAAGGGAAGGGGAAGGAUGGUGAGGAUAGGUCGUUCUCGAAGCCCCACGAGCAGAAAGUUUUCGAAUUGUCUAAGAAAAUCUGGGGCGCCAAUAAGAGCGGCGAUGCGGGCGGGAGCAGCGAGCAGACGCCUGUGCCGAAGGCGAAUGGUACCGCUAAGAAGAGUAAGGCUGCUACUGCUGCCAAGGUGCCCAAGUUGAAGAUGGAGACGUCGCUGGAGAGGCUGAAGGAGAAUGGUGAACUAGUGCUGUCCGAGCAUAUUGAUGCCGCAAGCAUGUUGUCCUGUGAUUAUAAGAUGUUGCAAUUGUCUGGGCUUGGCUUGGAUCAGGACUUUAUGAAGAAAGGGUGGGAGAUGCUGGAUCAGUCGAGGAAGGAGGAGUUGAAGGAACGAUGGAAGAAAGUGCAAUUGGCUGAGAUGCGAGUAUUGGCUGAGAGGGCCACAUUGAUUAGUGAUCAAACCAAUCUUGUUUUAGAGGCUUAUGAGCGGGCUAAUGGAAACUAGGAUGGGACUGCCAGUUCUUUUUUGUGCAAAAAAAUGUGUAGGUGAUAUAUCUUGUUUACUUAGGUUUUGGGUUCAUGUCGGUACUUUUUUUUGAUGGUUUUGUAAGUUUAAUGCAUGUAAACCUUGGAUUUUUGCAUGUCCUCUUAAGUUUGAUGAUAUUCUCUAAAUGCUUUGGCCUCUUGCUAGUGCCUGCUAUUGCAAUCUGCCGGUUCUCAGUCA